AUGGGUAGAGGAAGAGGAAAGGGUAAAAAGCUAAGUGUUAGUAAUGAGGAGGAAGGUAUUAUAAGUGGUGAAGAAGAGAAGGUUUGUAGGCAAAAAAGAAGAGGAAGGCCACAAAAGGUGCUGAAGGAUGAGUUUGAUGAAGAAGUGAUUGAGGAAAUAGAAGAGGAUGGUAGUGGUGACAGCAAAGAGAUGAAAAAUGGCAAUAGCAGAAAAGAAGGAAGAAAAAGAAAAGGAAAUAUAGAGGAGAAAAUAGAAGCAGUUGAGGAGAAGAAUGGGGUUAGAAACGGAUCAAACAUUGAUGGCUUCACAAAGUGUAAUGGAUUUAGACAAAAUGGAAGCAGGCGUAAAAGCAAACCUCGUCGAGCUGCGGAAGCUGGUGUUGUGUGUAAGCAAGACUAUGCUUGA